AUGACGGCCGCUAUCCCCCACCUCCGCAAGACCAAGACGUCGAGCCAACUCAUCGUCAAUGGCAAGCCGUUCCUCAUGCUCAGCGCCGAGCUGCACAACUCCACGCUCAGCUCUGCCAAAUACAUGGCCGACGACAAAAUCUGGCAGAACAUGCGCGACACCCACAUCAACACCCUGCUCGGGUCGGUCUCGUGGGAGCAGAUCGAGCCCGAGGAGGGCAAGUUCGACUUUGCGAAUCUCGACGCCGUCAUCACAGCCGCCCGCGAGCACAACAUGAAGCUCGUGCUGCUGUGGUUUGGCAGCUUCAAGAACGCCCUCUCCACAUACGUCCCGGCGUGGGUCAAGAAGGACGUCAAGCGAUUCCCCCGCGUGCACGUCAUCGAGGCAGGGAACCGGAAGCGCACGCUCGAGCUCAUCAGCCCGUUUUCGGAGAACGGCUGGACGGCGGACGCAAAGGCGUUCGGCACGCUGAUGGCGCACUUGAAGGAGUUCGACACAGAUAGCACCGUCGUGAUGGUGCAGGUUGAGAACGAGACGGGGCUGCUGGGCGACUCCCGCGACCGGUCUAAGAUCGCGGAGAAGAAGUACAGUGAAGCAGUGCCCCAGGAUGUGAUCCAGCAUCUGAAGACGCACGCACACCUCCACCCCGAGUUCACCUCGCGCUUCCCGGAGAUCAGCUCCGUCAGCGCCGGCGCGACCUGGAAGGAGGUCUUCGGCGCAAAGGACGAGGUCAACGCCGAGGAGAUGUUCAUGGCCAACGCCUUCUCCAGAUACAUCGAACACGUCGCCGCCGCAGGCAAGGCCGCGUAUCCCAUCCCGCUGUACGCCAACGUGUGGCUCAACUUCGACAACCCAGACGACCUCGACCAGUCCAUCGAGGCGGUCGUCGGCGGCGGCGCCAAAGCCGGUAUCUAUCCCUCGGGCGGGCCCUGUCCGCACACCACAGACGUGUACAAGUUCAACGCGCCCAGCCUCGACUUCAUCUCGCCGGACCUGUAUUUCCACGACUACGAGCAGACGUGCAUCAACUACCGCCACAACAACCAGCCGCUAUUCAUCCCGGAGCAGCGUCGUGACGAGUACGGUGUCAGGAGAGUGUGGCUCGCGUACGGCACGUAUCUGGCGCUCGGGUGCUCGCCGUUCGGUAUCGACUCGCUGCCCGCUGCCGAGUCGCCCGCCACAAAGCACUACAAGCUGAUCCACUCGCUGCGCCACCAGAUCCUCGAGGCGCAGGCAGAGCGGCCCGAGGACAUGUUCGGCUUCUUCUUCGACGACGCGCAGAAACCCGGCGAGAAGCCGUGGACCAAGGACAUCGCCGGGUACACAGUCAUUGUGGAGCGCGCGUUUGUGUUCGGCAAGGCCGGGCCCGGGGCAGGCAUCGUCAUCCACCAGGGCGACGGCAAGUUCCUGUGCGCCGGGUGGGGCUUCAACCUCUCCUUCAAGAGCACGAGCCCGAAGUCGACGUUCACAGGCAUUCUGCACGCGGAGGAGAAGGAGAUUGAUGCCGAGACGGGCGCGCUGAGCACGCUGAAGAUCCUCGGCGGCGACGAGACGAGGAGCGGCGAAUUUCUGAUCAUGCCGAACGAGGAUCCUGACUACGGCGGCUUCCCCAUCGCAGUCACCAUCCCCGCGCGGACGUGCAUUGCUGAGUGUUGGGCGUACAGUUUGGAAGAGACAGAGGAGGAUUUCUAG